AUGCGGCUACCAUAUUCGCAUGUUCAAAAUGACUCGGAUAUGCGCCACGACGCCCUUGAGGAAAUGGAUGAACUCGAACCUUUUAUUCUCAGCGAGGAUGGACCUACAGAGAGAAGAUUGCCUCGGCGCCUUCUUGACUGGAUUUCACAGACUUGGCGUCAAGCAAAGCCGGUGCUUGCUUCUGGACAGGUAGUCGGCAUAUUCAAAUGCAGUCUCGCAUAUUUACUUGCCUCCAUGGCAGUCUUCAUCCCCGUCGUCGGAGCACUCCUCGGUAACCAUUAUGGUAAACACUUGGUGGCAACGAUCACAGUCUAUUUCCAUCCAGCGCGAUCGCAAGGUGCCAUGUACAAGGCGCUGAUUUGUGCGUCCGUGGCCUUUCUUUUCGCGACUUUUCUUUCGUUGGGGAGCAUGUGGGUAACGAUCUUCUUUCAAAGAAGGCAUGGCUUGAUCGAGUUGGGCCAUGCGUUUGUGUUGGUUGUCUUCGUGACGGGUGGAUUUGGACUGAUUGGAUGGAUCAAGCAACGACAACAAGAUCCGCUCGUCAAUAUCGCAUGCUCCUUGGCUUCAUUGGCCUCGAUCUUGGUCUUGACUAAAGAAGGCGCGGUCCAGUCGGGGGAUCUGUCCUUCACAAAGAUCUCUCAGAUUCUCAGGAUGCUACUUCUCGGCAUUGGCAUCUCAACAGCGGUGUCUUUUGUCGUGUUUCCCGUUUCUGCACGGUCCAAGUUCCACCAAGAGUUGUCUGUUUUGACAAGUACCACAAUAAUGAUGCUCACGGGUAUUACCAAGAGCUUCACUCAUGGCAGGAACCAGGACAUUCAGACCCGGGAAUUUGUCACGUCAGCGCCGCUUCAUGAUGAGACGUUCGGUCGAUUGACUAUCUUGCUUGCUGAGACGAAGCUUGAGCACUACGUGAUUGGAACGAGGCGAGAGCACUUGAUGGAAAAAAAGCUGAUGCGCCUCAUUCAAGAUAUCACCCAUAGUCUAGGUGGUCUGCGCACCGCAGCGGCUUUACAAUCCAGGUUGCUUGCAGAAACUAAGCAUCGACACACGCCCCGAAACUCGAUUUCGACUCGUUACCCUCUCGAUGCCAUAAAUUCCAACAAUGCUGCGCAGCGUGGAGGGAUUGAAGCUCGCCGUAGUGAUAAUUCUCCAGACCGCAAGAGCGAGCCUUCUAGCUUUGUUCCAGAAGGAGAAGAUGUGCCAUUGUCAAGUCAUUCACCAGCCGAGAUCUUUGAGCAACUAACAGCGGGACUUACGGCAUCAAUUUUGUCACUUUCCCGCACGUUGCGUGAGAUAUUCAUCAAUGUCAAUCUCGGGCCCCCGACCGAGCAUAGGCGCAUGAUGAACGACGAAUUGAUGACGAGGAUCACGGAGGCAGUUGACCAGUACCGAGAUGCCCGCCGUUCUGCCUUUUUAUCACUACGUCGAGAUUGGGGAAGGAUAUCGCCCGCACAAGUCGAUAAGGCAAGACUUGAGGAGAUCUUUGCUAACUGUGAAUAUUUCUCGGUAUCUUUGCUUGAACUAAGUGAGCAGCUCAGAGAACUUGUCUUGUGCAUGUCGGAAUUGCAAGCCGAACUUGAUCUACGGUCCACGAAAAACGCAUGGAGUUGGCUACAACGCGCCUGUCAGCCACUUUGUCGGAGAAACUUGACGCAGGUGGCUCAGACUGACUCAGCGACAGGCGACACACAUUCACGAGAGGACUUGCGGCAUUUGUCACAUUCACUUCCAUUGACGUCUUAUUCGCAGAGAGUAACGCGUAUUUUGACACAGCGCCUGGAACCUCGUGGCGACGUUGUCCGGCCUUUCGAAUUCCUACGAAAGGAUGAGAUGAAGUUUGCGCUCAAGGUAGGCAUCGGUGCAGCCCUCUUUGCGCUUCCGUCUUUCGUAUCUGUCACCAGGCCGAUAUAUCUCGCCUGGCGUGGUGAAUGGGGCCUGAUUUCGUAUAUGCUGGUAUGCUCGAUGACUAUUGGUGCAUCGAACACAACAGGAUUUUCGCGUUUUCUGGGAACUUGUAUCGGCGGGCUUUGCUCGAUCGGAGCCUGGUAUUUUUCUGGGGCAGACGCAGUGAAGUUGGCGCUCACCGGCUUUGCCAUGGCCGUUGGUCCUUUUUACCUGAUUCUUGUGAAGGGCCAGGGGCCUAUGGGUCGCUUCAUCUUACUGACAUAUAAUCUGUCGGUGCUCUACGCAUUUUCGCACAUACAGACCGAUGCGACUGACCCGGAGGAUGGGGUUGAACAUCUCGAUAUCACCUCCAUCGUCCUGCGUCGAGUAGUCUCUGUGAUGCUCGGGAAUGCCUGGGGAAUCAUCGUCACUCGAGGUAUCUGGCCGAUUCGGGCGCGAACGAAGUUGGACGAGACCCUACACUCGCUAUGGCUUCACCUUGCUGCUGCUUGGAAAUCUAAUCCGUUGGAUGCGCUGUCUGAAGAACAUGCUCAAUGUCCUGUUCUCUUCAUCAAAGCUCAGGACAGAGCCGAAAUACAACGGUUGUUGUCUCAACUUGAUCCUCUCCGGAAGUCAGCAUUAUCCGAGUUCGAGCUCCGGGAUCACUUUCCGGAAGCCACCUAUAGCAAGGUCAUUCAGCGCACGAGAGAUAUUGUGGACGACUUUCAUUCUCUGGACCUGGUCCUUUCACACCUGGCCACACCCACAGAGGGACAAGUCUCCCUUUUGCACCACACAGUGACGACUAGACGGCGGCUGUCCGACUGUAUUGGUCAUCUUUUCACUACUAUUGCCUCCACCGUUGAUCUUGGGCAUAGCCUGAGUGACGUCCCUGCCAAUGUAGACCGCGCUCGAGACGAGCUACUCGCUCAGAUUUCUCGAUUCCGACACGACAAACAGGCAUCACACCUGACCCAUGACGAGGAUUACGCUUUGCUCUACGCUUAUAUUAUCGUGAGCGGCCAGCUGUCGGAUGAGCUUUUGCAGAUCACCGCGGAAUUAGGCCAUAUUUUCCCGGCAUCUGAUGAUGCUCUUGUGGGCGCCGUGAGGGUGUGA